GGGAAAGCAGGAAACUCCAAGAUGAAAAGGGCUCAUCUGCAUUUCGUUAUUUCCCAACUCAGCUUCAGAUAAUCACAAGCAGGGAGCAAAACAAUCCCUGCCAGUGCAGGAGGAAUAAAUGCAGCAGGGUUUGCUUCAUGGCUAAUUAAAGUGCUUUACACAAAGGGUGUCUCAGCCCCUCCAGGCAUCCAGGGGAGGGUAUAAAUACUCUCUCCACACCAGGCUUUCCUUUACUGCUCCUCUUGACUUGUUCUCUCCGGUUCCCUGAGCACUCCCCAGCCGCAGGAGAUGACGUCCACCCAGCUGGCCUGCGCCACCCCCUGCGAGGCCAAGUGUCCCCAGCCCUUGGCCAGCAGCAGCAACGAGCCCUGCGUGGUGACCUGCGGCGACUCGCGGGUCAUCAUCUACCCCCCGCCCGUCGUGGUCACCUUCCCGGGGCCCAUCCUCACCACCUACCCCCAGCAGACCGUCGUGGGAGCCUCGGAGCCCUCGGAGGUGGCGCUGGCGGAGCCGCCCGGCGCGGCCGCGCUGCCCGCGGAGCUCUCGGCCAGGUUGGAGGCGGCCGAGAAGGUCCCGGCCCAGGCGCUGGCCCGGCCCGAGCCCCGCUGUGCCCCCAAGUACUCCUACACCUACUCCUCCCAGUGGACUCAUCCCUGCAAUUCCUCCCGCUCCGGGAAGCGCUGGACUCACUGACGGGGAAGGGGCGGCGAAGGAAAGGCCGGAGGGAGGUCUGGGGUGGGGCUGGGAGGCACCCCCGGGGUGCUCUGGCUCCAGCCCCGGGACGGGCCCACGCGGGCCCCGUCUCGUUCUGCCUUUAGCUUAGAGCUGCUCUCCACGUCUCCAGCGUAGUCGCUGCUUCCGUCGUGCUUUGCCUUAUUCCCGUCGCUUUGUGGGCACUGAGCGUGGGGAGGCGACUCCGGGUGCCCGGCGCUGCCCGGGGCAGCACUGCCGGGGGGGAGAGCCCCUUUUCCACAGACUGCACCCCCUGGAUGCUGGUGACUGAGCAGAGCCUCCCUGCAAAGGUGAUCCUUGUGUUCUGUACAGUUUGGUUCCACAUUUGCAGGAAAGCUGCCUCUUUCCAAAUAAAUGUUCUGUACCAA